UUUCUAGGAUAUCUUAGGUUCUUACAUUGUCUAGGAUAUCUUAGGUUCUUACAUUGUCUAGGAUAUCUUAGGUUCUUACAUCUUACACUGUUUCUAGGAUAUCUUAGCUUCUUACAUCUUACAGAGUUUCUAGGAUAUCUUAGGUUCUUACAUUGUCUAGGAUAUCUUAGGUUCUUACGUCUUACACUGUUUCUAGGAUAUCUUAGGUUCUUACAUCUUACAAAGUUUCUAGGAUAUCUUAGGUUCUUACAUUGUCUAGGAUAUCUUAGGUUCUUACAUCUUACACUGUUCUAG